GUCGGGCAAAGGGUAAAGGGCAGCUUCCCGGUUGGAGAGCACCGCGUUUGAGAGCCAUGGCCGCGUCUGGGGAGCCGGGGCGGCAGAGGCAGGAGGAGGCGGCGGCCGUGGUAGUGGUGGGCUCCUGCAUGACCGACCUGGUCAGGUCAUUCCUCUCUCUGCUGUGAAUCAUCUCUGAGAAUCUGUAACAAGCACAUCAUUGUCAAGAAGUUAAAAGCAAUGAUAAGUUGUUCUGCUAACACCUGUCAGUGAAAUAACUCAGAGCACAAAACCCGGGCAUUUAAGGAGUUGACAAGUAUUAUUAAACCUGUUUUGCAAGAGAAGAAGCUGGUUGAAAGAGGGAAAGCUGUCAAAGCCUUACUCCUCGUUUGCCAAAAACCGGAGAGACCAUCCAUGGACAUAAGUUUUUUAUUGGCUUUGGAGGGAAAGGUGCCAACCAGUGUGUCCAAGCUGCCAGGCUUGGAGCAAAGACGGCCAUGGUGUGCAAGGUUGGCAAAGAUUCUUUUGGCAAUGAUUACAUAGAAAACUUUAAGCAGAAUGAUAUUUCUACAGAAUUUACAUAUCAAACUAAAGAUGCUGCUACAGGAACUGCUUCUAUAAUUGUCAAUAAAGAAGGCCAGAAUAUCAUCGUGAUAGUGGCUGGAGCCAAUUUACUGUUGAAUACUGAUGACCUGAGAGAAGCAGCCAAUGCCAUUAGCAGCGCCAAAGUCAUGAUCUGCCAGCUAGAAGUAACUCCAGCGACUUCUUUGGAAGCCCUAACAAUGGCCCGCAGCAGUGGAGUGAAAACAUUGUUCAACCCAGCUCCCGCCACUGCUGACCUGGACCCCCGCUUCUACACCCUCUCAGACGUAUUCUGCUGCAAUGAAACAGAGGCAGAGAUUCUCACCGGCCUGGCGGUCAGCAGCCCCGCGGACGCGAAGAAGGCCGCACUGGUGCUCCUGGGAAGGGGCUGCCGCGUGGUGAUCGUCACCUUGGGCGCUGCGGGGUGUGUGUUCCUCUCUCAGACAGAGCCUGUUCCAAAGUACAUUCCCACGGAGAAGGUCAAGGCUGUGGAUACCACGGUAACGGCUCCAGUAGGUGAUAUGGUAGAAAAGAAAAACAACCAGGCAGGAGAACCUUAUCCUAAUGCCUUUCUAACCAACUACAGAACUUUCUACAAGUCACUUAAGCUCUCUGAGCCUCACUUUUCUCAUCCACAAAAUUGGAAUGCCAGUAAAAUUAUACCUGUAUUACCUAUAUUCAUUUAUGUUUUCAAGAAGUACUUAUUGAAUACCUAUUCUAUGCCAGCACAAUUAGACGCCAGGGCUACAGUGAUGAGCAUGACAGUCUGUGCCAUCAGGGGCUUAGAUUUUAGACAAUGAAUCUAAUGGUCUUAC